AAAUGAAUUCCAUUGGUCCAGAAGAGAAUAAGCCAAUUUUGAGGAUGUUUUUGGCAGGAAUAGCUUCGAUUGCGGCAGGUGGAUCUACUCAUCCAGUUGAUACAGUUAAAGUGAGAUUGUAGAAGGAAGGCGAAGGAUAAUCUGCUGUUAAGAAAUACAAGAAUAUCAUAAGAGGAUCAUAUGUAAUAUACAAAGAGGAAGGAUUACGUGCAUUAUACAAAGGAUUAUCAGCAUCUUUAGGUAGAGAAGCUACUUAUUCGACCUUGAGACUGGGAUUGUAUGAACCCUUUAAGCAUAUGAUAUCUAACGAUGGAGAGAAGACAUCCUUGGGAGUCAAGUUUUUCGCAGGCUUGAUGUCUGGGUCAACUGGAGCAAUUGUUGCAAAUCCAUGCGACGUGUAAAAAAUUAUUAAUAAUUUUGAUCAGUUUAAAAAUUCGAUUGCAAUCUAUAUCUGGCCAUCAUCAGUCAGUAUUUGCUGAAAUUACACAAAUAUUACAUCAUGAGGGAAUUCUAGGUUUGUAUAAGGGCACAAUGCCUAAUUUACUGAGAGGAGCAAUUCUCACAGGCACAAAAAUGGCCACUUAUGAUUAGACGAAAUAGUGGUUGAAGGAACAUUUUGCAUUCAAAGAGGGAUUCAGUCUUUAGUUUGUAUGCUCAUUUGCUACAGGUAUUCAGAUAUCAUGUAUUUAGGAUUGAUGCUCUCUAUUACAACUGCACCUAUGGACUUAAUUAAGACCAGAAUCAUGUCUUAAGAUGCCGGUCAUAAAGUGUAUAAUGGACUUAUGGACUGUGCAAUCAAGACAUUUAAAUAGGAGGGUCUAGGCGCAUUCUAUAAAGGAUUUUUCCCAUAAUGGAUAAGAUUCGGACCAUUUAAUAUUAUAUAACUUAUUGUUUGGGAGUAAUUACGUACAUUUUGUGGAAUUAAAAAUAUAUGA